AUGGCAAAUUCACAAGAGCGCCUGGAUGCCCCAGAUGGAUCCGCAUUGACCUGGAUCUUUGACCACUGUCUUCGUUACCCUGGUUCUUACGAACUUCCAUUACGCACUAUGUAUGCAUUGAACUGCAACUCCACGAGACAGUCGCCACCCGCCAACUGUGCUCCCGAGACAGCUUUCUGCGAGCGCCCGUCCCACUCUCCAAAGUCUUCUGUAUCGUCCCAGGAUGCUCCUUUGGAUCGUGCUGCCGAUUUUAGGGCACUGCUCACCCACCAAAUCUCUCGAUUGCCGUCACAGCCAUGCUCUCUGCCUCCCAGCUUUGUGACCUCCUUUCUGCGUCGCUGCUUCACUCCGGAGUUAGGUGACGUUGACUUUCCUCAGGCGUUGACCGGCCUUGAUUAUCUCAGGGAUCUGGAGAUUCGUCGAAGGAAGGAAGUGAAAGCGGCCUUGGACCGUCUGCAGGUCAAGCCGGACGAUCUUAAGGAGAAAGAGGAGCUUGGAAAGAAAUGGCCCAAUGUCUUGACCUGGAUCGAGUCCAACUGCGCCAAGAACCGCACGGCCGAGGCACUCUAUACCCAGGUCUACAUUGGCCUACGCCGCUGGACCCUGAUCAAUGAGAUGCUGCUCGAACCACACAACAAGGCCAACUGUAUCGCCAUGCUUAACACUCUGUUUCCACCUGUCACAGAUGCAACCGUCAACCCUACACCACAGUUGACUGCCAAGAUUCUCAAGUCUCAACGGGAUGGCUUCUUCCGGUACAUCGCAGCCUUCGAUAAGCCCAAUGGAAAAGAGAUCCUCCAAAGGGUCAUCACUCAGGGCGCACCGGAGGGAGAGGAGACGGGAUGGCCACUGGUGCGAGACGCUUUGGAUAGGUACCUUCGGCUUACCAACGAAAUUAUUGACGACUGUGCCAUGGUCAAUGACCAGACCAGUCUCGAGGUGACUGUGGAAGCGGAGUCUCAGCCCCGUCGGAAGGUGGAUUCAGGCAUCAGCUUUGGCUCGGCGGAUAAGUUCCACGCCCCAUCUGUUCACAGCAGCAAUGGCUCCGACGACAUCAUGGACAAACCCUUGCCACCGGCCCCGAAAGAAUCUCAUCAGAAGACUGGUGGAUCCGCAUUAGAGCGGCUAACACGAGAAUUGCGAAAACUCAGCGACGCCGGAAAGGUCAAGAGCCUCAAGAAAAUGAAGUCCUCGAGCGCUCUCGCUAUGCGACCAGAUAAUAUUCCCAGCCACACUCCUGAUAACUCAUCUUUCUUCGAGAUCGAUGACCAGAAACGAAAGCGUCUGAUUUGGGAGGCUACCAGCCGCAAAAGGACUCAUAGUAAACAGCCCAGCAAUGGCUCACAUUGA